CGCCAAUCGGAAGUAUUGGAGAGUGGGCCUGAUGGUCGGAGGUCGGCUACGGAGCCAUGAAUAUUUUGCCCAAGAAGAGCUGGCACGUCCGGAACAAGGACAAUGUCGCCCGCGUGCGGCGCGACGAGGCCCAGGCCCGGGAGGAGGAGAAGGAGCGUGAGCGGAGGGUGUUGCUCGCUCAGCAAGAGGCCCGAACAGAAUUCUUACGGAAGAAAGCCAGGCGCCAGAACUCACUGCCUGAACUGGAAGCGGCAGAUGCAGGAGUUCCAAGUUCUGGCCCUGUGGACCUGUUUAAGGAGCUGCUGGAAGAAGGGAAAGGAGUUCCCAGAGGCAAUAAAGAGCAUGAGGAAGAGAAGCGACAGGAGAAAGAGAGGCAAGAGAAAGCACUAGGCAUCCUGACGUACUUGGGCCAGAGUGCAGCAGAGGCCCAAACUCAACCUCCUUGGUACCAGCUCCCCCCAGGGAAAGGGGGCUGCCCUCCAGGCCCAAGCCCAGAUGAGAAGAUCAAGAAUCGGUUGGAUCCAUUGAGGGAGAUGCAGAAGCACCUGGGAAAGAAAAGGCACAGCAGCGAAAGCCGUCCUUCUAGAGAAGAGAGGCCUCAGAAACAACGGCCCAGAGAGCCACCUUCCCUACAAGAGCUCCGAGCUGAGCGUCUUCAGCGAGAAGCAGCUGAGAGGGCUCGAACAGAGGCCCUGCUGGCCCGUGUACAAGGCCGAGCAUCCCAACAAGGUCAGGUGGAAGUGGAAGAGACAGAUGAACGGAGGCGGCGGUACAACUCCCAGUUCAACCCUCAGCUGGCCCGGCGCCCCCGCCAGCAGAACCCCACUCCUGCCCACUAACUCUUGGGGGAACAGGAGAGGCUGCAGCUGCCAGCCGUCAUAUAAAACUAUUUAUUCAUAAAUAUUUUCCAAAAUGAAAAUAGGUUUACCAAAAAAUGUCCCUCACUGGGGAGGGGAGGAGGGGGCAACUCUCACCCCCAGGCCCCCAGGGUAGGGCAGAGAGGAAGAGAAAACCUCCCUGCCCUUUCCCUGCUCCUGGGGGGGAGGGUGCCCCAUGGCCUUGGGCCUCCCCCAGUCUUCCAGGGCAGGGCCCUCACCUGGGCAGGGGGAUCAGCAUGCGGGGGGGAGGGGUCAGGUAGAGGGGGCCGGUGUCACUGGAGGUCCCGGUCCUCCAGGUAGCGGUACUCAAAGGUGAAGCCUUCCUUCUUCCGCUGGCCCCACUUCUCGUAGUCAAAGUAGAUGUAGGU